GAACUGACGGUCUCUUUUCCGUCAUUUGUCUCGAAGUAGACACACUUGAUCGAAAUGGCGUCGCAUAAAACGUUCCGCAUCAAGCAGAAGCUUGCCAAAAAGCUAAAGCAAAACAGGCCCAUUCCUCAAUGGAUCCGUAUGCGUACGGGUAACACCAUCCGCUACAACGCCAAGCGUCGUCACUGGAGACGUACCAAGCUGAAGCUGUAAGCGGCUUUUCGUAUUGUUUACCAUCGAAUUCCACGCUCUGCGAAUGCUACGGUUUGCCAAGAAAACUAAUUACAGUUGUUGCUCUUCAUCCUCAUGGCAAGCGUAGUGCGUUGAAAUUUGGUGCAAUUUCAAUAUUAAUUCGAGCAAUGGUUGUGUGGCAAGAAGUUGAAUAAAACCACUCACGGAAGGUCGUGCAACCC